AAAAAACGGGGCAAACUCAAAGGGUGACUCGGUGUGUUAUGGAGGGAGUACUCGCCUACUCGGUGUGUUUUGCUCAAGUCAAUUAAAAUCAUUCGACUCUCCGCCCUACCGCCGGUAACCGCCGCUGCACUAGGCCAACUACCUCCCCCAAUCCGGCAAUCUACGGCGGAAUUGCCAGUCGGAAUCUCCGCCACACGGCUUUCCGCGGUCGGUCGUGAGCCCGCAGCUACCGCCAUUCUCCUACUGUCCAAAUUGCUGUGAUUUUUAUCCCACGGAAAGACGUAGUGUGCUCUCCAAUUUAAGUAGGGGAUGCUUACGCGGAGGCUUCUUGUGAACUUUUGUCCUUCCAAACGGUGCUUCUCAACCAAGAACACCUAUGAUCUUUCUUCGUCUAUUGCAGAGUUCAAUAAGGAACUGGAAGAUAUUUUUGGUGAACCUCCUUCAUCAUCAGGGCCUUUAGGUUCAAGUAGCAGUGCAGGUGUAGCUCAAGAUAUUCAGUAUUCGUCUCCUGAUGAAGUAUCUGAAAACGUUUGCGGAUUAACCCAUAUUGGAAAGCAAGGAAAGGCACAAAUGGUGGAUGUUUCUCCUAAAGAAAACACCAAGAGAACAGCUAUUGCUAGUUGCAAAGUUUUAUUGGGGAAGAAGGUGUUUGAAUUGGUGUCAGCAAACCAGUUGGCGAAGGGAGAUGUGCUUAGUGUAGCCAAAAUUGCAGGAAUAACAGGGGCAAAGCAGACUAGCAACCUUAUUCCACUUUGCCAUAACAUUAGCCUCUCUCACGUAAAUGUUGAUUUGGGUUUGAAUCAUAGUGAUUACAGUGUUGAUAUCCAAGGGGAAGCCUCUACAACUGGAAAGACUGGGGUCGAGAUGGAAGCUAUGACUGCUGUCACCAUUGCUGGUCUAACUGUCUAUGAUAUGUGCAAGGCUGCUUCAAAACACAUUGAAAUGUCAAAUGUGAGACUCCAGCGUAAAUCUGGAGGAAAGAGUGGGGAUUGGUCCAGAGACGAGUAAUGGUAUUCAACUAGCCCACUGAUAGCGUAAUUAGCUGAGACUGCGGAGAAGUGUUGAUUUCAUUCCUAUCAUUUUCCCCCACAAACUUUGGCAAAUAGUGAAAUUGCUUCAUAUUGCUAUUGCUCCACGUGGACGACAUGUUUGCCGUAAUGCCUCAAAAUAGGAUUCCGUUUUCCACGCUACUACUCUGUGUUCUCCAGCUAAGAGCAACACUUGCAAAAAUUACUGCCAUUUUUUUAUUUUUUUUCUUUCUAGUUUAUAAGGU